AUGAUGCAGUUAUGCUACAUGCGGAGCGGCUCCACAUGGGCACCUGUUCCAAUCAACGAACCGCCGAAUGUCACUCUGCUGCCGGCAGACCCGUCAAGGGCGUCGUUUGAUAGAACUCCGCUUGCAGUUGGUAUGUACACUACCGUCACCGUCACUGGACGCGCUUUGACUGCGGCCGAUGUCUUGACGGUGCGGCUGGGCACCUGCGAAGGUGAGGCUGUUACCGUGUCAGUUGGCACCGCCACAGUGACGAAUGACGGAACGGAGUGGCGCGGUGUGGUGCGCUUCACUGGUGGGGUAGAGACGUCGAGCUUCACGGUCUGCUACACACGUGAGUCAUCCACCACAGAGAUUGCGGCGGUGGAUGCGGCGGGGCAACCCUCCAUUAUUGUGGCCCCUUCGCUGUAUUACAUUUACAGUGCCGAUAACUUCACAGCUGACCAUGUAAUGACGCAGUAUGAAGAGCUCAUCGUGGGUGCGACAUUCUCCACAGGCACCCAGUCGGACCUUGUCUUGGUUGACCUCAUUGACGCUGGCACGGAAUGCAACUACAUGCCCUACUACAAUGCUACGGGAAUUUCGCCCGAGUUUGAUGUGCGGCUUAAUAUGCUUGGCCAGGGUACGGCGCCGUACUACGCGGGCCGUCUCGCUGUUCCAGCUGGAGAUUAUGCACUGUGCAUGGAGGUGGAUAUUGGACUAUUUCGCGUCACUACUCGCGGUGGCAGCGAUGAUAGUACUGCAUUCACGGUUGCUACAGUAAACCCAGUGGGGUACACCUCGGCCCCCACGAUACUGUUCCCCAAUCAACCGUUUAAUUUAACCUUCUCUCUUGGAGGUGACGGUGUUGGGACGGAAGACGUGCUGCAAAUCAUCAACGGUACACUCUACGACUGCGGCAGCGGUAACGCCACCUACAUUGCCGACCACCCUCUGGUGGAGGGAGGGGAAGGCACUACAGUGCAGGUCUCAGAACUCAUGGUACCGGCGAGUCUCAUUGACACGAGGCUGACGGUGUGCUACAGACGCACAGGUGGUACGUUUGCAACAGUGCCGCGGGGAACCUUUUUGGAUCAAAGUCUAUCUGUCAUGCAGCAGAUUCCCCGCACCUGGACCGCUUUCCCCACGCAACCGCAGGCAGGGAGGACGUUGAGGAUUACUUUCCUGGGCGACGCCCAAGAGCCAGAGUUCCUGCAGGCGACCGAUCGUGCCUCACUGAUUCGGGUGACGGAUGAUGUAGAGCCGGCAUGUGACCAGACACCCACCAUCACGAGCGGUGCGCUGGUGCGCACUGACAUCAACACCCUGUGGAGCGUUUCCGCCAAUGAAACAGUGGAGGGAACGUACAUUCUCUGUUAUACCUCAACAGCGAAUGGUGCACCUGUCCGCGUAGCAGAUCCCCUGCAGCUGAGUAUUUCUGCCUUGCAGUCGCCUACUGGCGCUUUCAAGAACGUGAAUGAAGAUCUUAUCGUCUUUAGUGGGGAGCGAUUCUACUUGAUGUUCGACACGAACGUGCUGCUAAACCCGGUGCUGUCCUUCUCAACAGAAGCAGAGACAAGAGACGCUGUGCUUUUCUCAAGGACCAACGACUGUGAAUCAUCACUCACUGUUGAUGAUGUAGCCAUCAUCCCAGAGGAUUUUAACUACAGUGCGAUGAACGUGACGAACCCGUCUGGUAUCAUGGCGCCGUACCUGCACCUCGUUAUACGUACAGCUCCAGGGGACUAUGUAGUCUGCAUGCGGCGGUUUGGGCGUACAGAAGGUGAGGCGUUUUUCACGUACGAAGUCAUUGGGGAUUUGGAUGCCCCUGCUACCAUCACGGUGACGGCCGCUCCGAUCACGGCAUACACCACAGUGCCAACAUCACCACGGGCAUGGGUGCCAUCGAUUGAAGUGACCCCUACAUAUGGCACCGGCUACACCGCGGCGAGCUUCGUCCAGCUGUUCUUCACUUUAAGCAACGCGAGCGAUUUCAUAGAUGACUGCUACCGUCCAAGAGCGAGCGAGGCGGUGGAAGCAGCUGUACUGCUGAACACCACAUUGCAGGUGUUAUUAGAAACAAGUCGCACACAAUACCCGUUCCCAAGUGCCGGAGACUUCCAGCUGUGCCUGCAGUUGGAAGGUAAUUCCACGAACACUGCCUCGGUGCAUAUCGCCCCGCUUGGAGUGCUGAACCCGUCACCUACCGCGUACAUUGUGCCGGACGUUAUCACUGUUGGUGAAGGCUUUACAAUGGCUUUCAGGGCCCUAGAUCCUAUAUUUAACUCUACAGUGACAGAAAACAGGGCACAGCUGUUCGUGGCGGAUGAAGAUGUGGUGGCAGACAAUAUCAUACCGAAUUGUGUGAACGGCCAACCCCCUUCCGGUGGUGGCACAACCUCUUUUAACACUUUUACACCCACAAACACUACGUACGCGACGGUGGAGCCCAGCAUCAUGGUGAAGGGCUACUUCUACGUGUGCUUCAACGUAGAGGGCCAGGUAUCGUCCUUUCCGGUGCCGAACGCAGAGGGUGGCUUUGUCUUCUCUGUUGGACUUACCGGGGCGCAGAGUUACGUGGUGGCGCCAUCCCCUGCGUACAUGGGACAGCAGCUUGUCGUCACGAUUCUCGGUAACGCGCUAAGCAGCGCCGAUCACGUCAAGAUUGUCGAUGUUACCAACCAAGAGGAAGGUGGAACAUCAUAUGAUGGCGCGUGUACCGCGUCGGCGGCGAACGCUGAUGCAGAGGAGACGAAUGGGGAGGUAGGCAGCAACGUGAUUGCUUUGUCUACCGCACAUGCUCAAUACACGCCACGCGUCAACGCAACAGGUCGUUUUGUGCUUUGCUAUCAGAGCAGCCGCGUGGAAAACACAUGGGUGUGGGUAUCGGACCUUCACAACUUCACCGUUGGGACACCGCACCCUGUUGCGUACCUGCUGCAGCCCAGUCCUGCGUACGCCACAGAAGUGGAUCGCCUAACCAUCAUUGAUGACGCCACCACCGGUCUACUUGGCGCCGAAGACAGCAUCAAACUUGUGGACCGUGGUGCUGGUGAGGUGGUGUUUGACUGUUCAGAGGCAGCGGCAGUAAGCAAUGACAUUGGAGCCAUUGCGCGCGUGGACAGUGAAAGCAACAACACGGUCGCAGUCUACCAAGUGUGCGCUGUUGGUGCAACAAGUGUGACAGUAUGCUACCUACUUGCAAAUGGCACAUGGGCUGAGGUUCCACUGAGGUUGCCACCCCCGACCUAUCUCUAUGAGCCUGUCGUGUUCCGCACUAGUCCUUUUGGUGGCCCCACAGCUUCACCGGCAUCGCCACGGCCGUACGAACCGUUUACACUAACCUUCACAAGCAGUGACACGGCGAUAAGGGUACGUUACUUGAGAUUCGCACUCGCACCGCAGGAGGCAUGCACACUGGACCCACCGUACGUGGAGCCAGUGUACUACGAGGUGAGCAGCAGUGAUAAUACCUUCGAAGUUGCACUGCCUCAGGGAGGUGAGUACCAACUGUACCUAGGCGCCUAUGAAUCAGAGUCGGAUCCCUUUAUCGCACACAGUCAGAUCUUCACCGUGGCUGCCUGUGACCCGUGCAGCUUUACCCCAUCAUACACCUUCGUUGGCAACAACGUGUCGGUGACGUUUCCUAGCAGCAGUGAAGGCUUUGGCGUCGACGAUAGGGUGCGCAUUGUACCCGUCACACAAGGGGCAACAGGGCACCCAUGCGAUGAUCCACAAGGAUCUUUUGCGGACGUGACGCUGAGUCCCAACGCCAACUUGAGCAACGCCAGCAGCACAACUGUUACCGUGGUGGUUGGAACUACAGACGCGUUUUUGGGCGAUUACUACAUGUGCUACCGGAAGGCCACGGAUACAUCAAACUACGCUAUCGUGACAGGCGCCGACGCUGCGCCGUUGACGUUCUCCAUCUACCCCGCACUUCCCACCAACGCUGAUUUGUGCCCUGUCGCCCCCUCCUACUUGGAGACGGUGGGGUUCAACUUCACGUUCCCCAGCGCCAGCUACCCGAAACUGUCCUUCUCUGAGGAAGACGAGUUCCUGCUUCUGCCGCCAAAUGUGGCGUGCGGGUCGGCGGAGUCGGUCACCGCGGCGGAUGUCAUCCACCCCGUGUUGGAUACGCCGCCUGGAAACGACGUGGCGUUGUGGGUCUCGACGUUGCCGUAUGGGUAUACAACAACGAACUACACGCUCUGCUUCCGCCUUGCUGGAGAUGCCAUUGCCCGCGUUGUGCCGCCGUCGGUGCUUGCCGUGACGCCACAGGACCCUGUACGCGUCGUGACGCAACCCCCGUUCAUCACGCCAGAUACCGAAGCCUUUACAAUAUUCAUCUACGGUACGCAGCUUGCGGAAGAAGACGAAGUGCAUGUCGUGGAUGCCUCGCAGCGUUGCAACGAGCGGUGUGGCGAGAGGCUCUCGCCGACGCCGCUCCCUGCCGCGGUGUACACCACGACGUUCCGGAACAACACGCUGUUGGAAUUGGGAUUCAGCAGCCAGCUAGGAACAGACGUGGCGCUGGCGGUGUGCUACCGCCGCGCCGAUCAUCCGCUGGUGCGGCUAGCGGUAUACUACGUGGGCGCCCGUAACCCAACAAGCUACAACACCAGCUUCACCCCUCGCAUUGGCACGCGUCCGCUGAUGACCUUCCUCGGUACUGGACUGACCGCCAGCGACCGUGUCAUGAUUGUCAACGAGGGUGUGUAUUGUGACGAGAGCCUUGCGGUGGCGCGUGGGGCGUUUCACAGCGUGGCGCCGGACGGUGAGUGGAGCAGUUUCAAUCUGACGCUUGUUGGUAGCGGUGUAGUGCCAGGUCCCUACAGUGUGUGCUACCGUGUCGCCAACAGCUACGGUUACGCGCAGAUGGAAGACGCAUUGGUGGUGCAAGCUGGUGGUCCAACGAGCUAUGCGACAAGCAACACACCGAUGGAAGGGCGAGCGACAGUAGUCACAUUUGAUGACGACGCCUUCUCCAGCACAGAAGGGGAUGAGGCAAUUAUUGCGUGUGCCGGCUGCAGCUGCUUCGACGGCACGGAGGCGUCGCUUCCGUAUGGUGUGCCGCGCAUAAGUGCAACAGAGGGUGGUGCGGUCAUGUCGCUGCGCAUUGGUAUGGAAGAUGAUGCCCCCUAUGCGGUGUGUUACCGCGUGUCCGGCAGCGGCUUCGCGCAGGUUGGCGCGGAACCCAUCCGCCCUGUUUCUAACUCGCCCGCUGCCAUCGUAGUGACGCCCGAUCCGACCCUACAGGGGCAGCGGCUGAUGUUUAACUUGACCGAUUAUGCCAGCACCAGAAGUACGAGUAAGGCAUUGCGUGCGCCUAGCUUGGAGGAUUGGGCAAUGCUUGUGGCUGCAACACGUCUUUGUUGGGACACCGAUACAAUGAACGGGACUGGUAUUCUUGCAGGUCCUGCCGCCGUGACAGCUGUCACUGAGACCAACGGCACAUGGCUCGGUCACGUCCCCUCACUCGGCCCUGGCGCGUGGCCGCCGACGUCCUUCCCCAUCUCCUACGCCCUGUGCUACCGCGAGAGUGGGCAGCAGGAGUACGUCAUGGUGCCGUUCCCGUCCAGCGCCCUCACAAUGGGUGCCGCGGAUCCGGCUAACUAUACCACAACACCAAGGGACGUUGCAAGUGGCACGAUAGAUAUUACAAUGGCAUUCCAAGAUGCGGCGGAGGGUGACACAGCAUUUAUUGUUUCAUAUGCUGGUGACACACUAGCAACAAACCGCGCGUGUGACGAUAACACGUCAGUGUCAGUAUGGCCAAUGGGACCUGCUUACCCCUCCUACGCUUUCAGCCUCCCGCCAGGUCUCACGGCGGAGUCUGUCGUGGUGUGUUACGUGCGUGUAGGGGCCACCGUUGCUGAAGUGCCACAGGAAUUAGCCCUUGGUGUGCCCAACCCGAGCGGUUACGCAACAAGUGCGGUUCUAGGCAAUGAACUACAACGUGAGUACAUCACCAUCACAUUCACCGGCACUGGCCUCGAUCCCACCGCCGACGAUGUUGUGUUCACUGAAGGGCCAUGUGCGGAGGCCACAACACGGCCGCCAGCUUCUUCUGCUUUUGUGCGGCGCGUAAGUGGUCUCGCUGCGACGGAAAACACUCCUGCCGAAGGGGCCUCGGUCACGCUCGUUGUGCAGUUCGUAAAUGACGCAGAUGUAACAGCUCAUGUGUGCUACCAGCGUGGGGAUGUGUGGAGCGAGGUAGGAACACCUCUGUCGCUCAGGGCCCCUAUUCCCACCAAUGUAACACUGCGCCCGGCGAUUGGUGUGGCGCGUGCAGGGCAGCGUGUGCAGAUAGAUCUCGCUGGCAGCGCCGACGAGAGAAUCGCAAACGCUGCAGUGAUUGCCGCGACAGACACCAGUGAGGAGUCGUGGUGCCACAACUUCACCAGCGACAAUGUUCAGGAGCCGCUGCUCCGAAUUGUAAGUGCAUCUUUGCUCGACGUGCCGACAUGGCAGACACCUGGAGCUGCGCGUGUUUGCGUGCAGAAGCAGGACUCUUUGUGGGCUGAUGUCGCGCCCACUGCAAGCGGCUCCGCUGGUGACGUGUAUGUAGAUGGCCCAAACCCGUCGUCGAUGCGGCCGUUCCCGAAUCCGCCGCGCGUGGGCCAAAAGGUGCAGCUCACAUUCCAGCUGGUCAUCCCACCGACCGCCGAUGAUAAAGUGCGCAUCUCGCUUCCAACAGUUGAGGAGCCGUGCGAAUCGGCAACGCCACUUACGGGAUUUCCCAGCGAAAUUUCAGUUGUGGUGGUGAAUGCGACAGCCAUGACGUCCAGGGUCACACUCGUGGACAGUACGGACGCACUUAAGUACCGCAGCUUUAACACAAGUGGCUCGUAUAAGGUGUGCUACUACAGCGCGACGGAGAGUGUGUGGGGUGUUGUUGGUGGAUCUCUCCAGACAGGCGGCGCCGUUGCAGUACAGCCGAUGGCGCCACAGACGUGGGAGGUCGCGGAUGGCGUGCGGCCAACAUUCUUUGAUCCGUUUGUGCUUGUCUUUGACGACAAUGGUGGGAAGUUGAAUGCCACGGGUGACCUUGUGUGGGCGGCGCCACCCACACAGUCGUGUGGUAUUGCACCAGAAGCAUGUCCGCAGUGCAUUGUCUUUGCGUUGGAUGUGGAUGCGUCGAGUGCGAAGAGGGUGCGCACGCAGGCGACGACGUCUGUUAUCGUUGGCACUUUUAACCUUUGCUACCGCCUGCGUGGUGCCACCGCAGCGCUGCUGUCGGACUCCCUGCAGAUUUUGCCAGGCGAGGUGGAGUGCCUGGAGGAGGGAAAUGUGCGUGUGGGAAUGGAGCAGAACGUGACGUUCCGCAAGCGUAGCGGUGUCGAGGUCGACGCAGACAGCUGGCGCGUCUCCUUCUUCGGUACGACUGCGUCGGAUUGUGGCAGCGGUUAUGUCCCUGACUUUGUUGAGGGACGAGCACGGCUGCUGCAGAGCAACGACACCACCGUUCUCUACGGUGUGGAGUGGCCGGUGUCGAUGGUGGCGGAGAGAUAUCUCAUUUGCUACACACACAAUGGCGUCGCGCGGCCAGUGUGUACGUGCGGGCAAAUAAACGCACAGACAGGGGAGUGCUUUGUGUCAACUGUUGCAGCCUCACCUCUCUACUUCACGCCUAUGCCGAACCCAACGUAUGUGGGGCAGUCGGUGCAACUGGCCCUCACCCUCGACGACUCCAUGACUUCCUAUCCCCCUGAGAGUGUAAAGUUCGUCGAAUACGUCGAUGCACUCACCAUCUGCAGUGAUGAGGAGGCGUUCCCUGUUGUGGGUGGCUCAAUGACAAAUUCGACGCCGACGACGCACGUGUACGCAUUCAAGCAUGAAUACACGUUAGGUGCUUCGACACUGAUUGUGUGUGCUCUCAUGCCGGGUCUGUCGAACGAAUAUGCGCGUGUUGGGACGAUAAAUCCGGCUAAUUCAAGUAACACGUUGGUAUUUCGUCCAUACCUGCGGCUUUCGACGUUCCCUAGCGACGCAAACCUCAUUCGUGCCAUGCAAACGCUUCGCCUAACCUUCACGCACGCUUCUAGUCAAGCAGAUGACGUGGUUGGGGUGGGCGACCGCAUCACAUUUGUCUCGUCACCGAGUGAUUGUGUCGAGUCAACGAUUGAAGGAGUGCCAGCGGAAGAUGUACUGGAUCUCUUUGAGCUGGAGGACACCUCGUUCACGACAAACCCUGCGCUGGUAAUUGGGGCAAGCAACACGACACGCUCGUCCUAUGUCUACGCAACCUUUAACGCUGCAGAAGGCCAGGGCACGCGGUACAUGUGUUACAAGCUGGACCGCGGGACGUGGGCACCAGUGCUCCCCAGGAUUACUGUCUUGUCUUCAGCUGUGACGAGUUGUGUGCAGGAUCCGCCAACAACGAGCCCCGGUAAUGGUGAUGAUACGAGUAUGAGGGCGAUGCAAUACGUCCGAGGCACCAUUAUUUCAGCAGAAGACACCAAUGACCUGUACGGUUCCAAUGAUUCAGUGCGGGUGGUGCUUCAGACCUCGCCGUGCUUUAACGACACCGCGGCUGUCUUCCUCUCUGGAGUUAGCAUCACCAACGUGGGGAACACGUCAGUUGUGGCCUUUGCCCCAACAGCAGGGGUGUUCAAGGUGUGCUACCGUUUUGGUGGAGUGAAUAGCACAGUGGCCAACUGGAGCCCAAUGUGUCUGAGACUUACCUUUACAGAGCCGUCACCAUCAGGCAGUAUAACGGGGUGCCUGCGUCUUGGGCAGACCCUCAGCGUCGCAACAGCGCAUCGCACUGGUUUUAGAUUCACUUCGUCCGACCGAUUCCGCUUUGUGGCAGGGACAGACCAGUGUAUCUACGCUGAUGGUACCAAAACUGUCGCUACAAGCAUAACAGUUGGAGACGCGACGCAGACCACUGAAGGGACAUCUGUCAACACGGAUACAGCCAAUUAUGUCGUUCCGCCGGCUCUAUUGGGCAGUGGAAGCACCUCCUUGCGUCUGUGUUACGGGGAUGCUGCUGGCAACCAAUUCGCCGUGCCCCUUGAUGCCUCACGUCCCUCUGUUUCUGAGUUUGGCAUCAGCGCACGUCUGAUCGCAUCGGCGCUGAUACAAGAUCGUGUGACUGCAGGGCAACGUGUAUUAAUGACAUUCCUGGCAAGUAACAGCGACCCACAAGAAGACGGAUCGUUGGUGCCGUAUGAGGCGGUGCCGCCCCAACCGUAUGUACCUGGACCUCCAUACAAUGGUGCUUUUGAUGUGGCGACCGCGCUGUUCCUUAGCCCUUCCGUUGCAUACAGGGAGGGACGCUGCUACGUGGCUAACGCUGCAGGAAGCGGUGUAUACGGUAACUCAACGCAGACGCUCGGCUCGUUCGAUCCCACCCAAGGCGGUCAGGAAGUCGUGUGCUACAGGUCAAUGGGCUGCAGCGUCGAAGAUGUCGGUGCGCCACUUCGCAUAGGUGGGUAUAACCCAGCGACCUGGGGCAUCAACCCCUCUGCCCCACGUAGAGGUCAGCUGAUCAGUCUCUCGUUUGCUCGCAACGAGGAGGAUGACGAGGCUGUACCGCUUUCGCCUGGAAGUGAUCGCGGCGCAGCACAGCCAGGCUUGUCUAACUGUUGGAUUCUUUCGGACACUGACGGUGGGGUCGUUGAAGGCACACCAAGUGCCACAUCGAUGAAUGGCCUCUUCUUCGCCGCACAGGAACCCAGUGCGUCAUCGUCGUCCCGGCUCCGUGUGUGCUACAAAUUAGACAGUGGAUCGUGGUCGGAGAUCCCGAAUAAUCUCGUCACACUCCAACCAGCAAACCCCACCAGCUUCACCGUGCUCAACGGCGCCCCACGGGUGAUGCAGCAGAACUUCAUUGAAUUCAGUGGCACAGGGCUCAGUGCACAGGACAGCGCGAAGAUCAUCGCCCAGGCCGAUUCCUGUAGUGAGGCGUCUGUGCCACCCAGCGAUAUGGUGUCGUAUGCACCCAUCACUGGGAAUCCUAUUCCGGGCACAGCCAAUGGAUGGGGUGUGGUGAAUGCCACAAGCACGCGGUCUAUUUUGACCAUAAGCACUACCACUACGGGGACAUACAGCGUGUGUUACCGCCUCGCAGAGGACGGAGUAUGGACGUUGGUAUACGGAGACCUCAACAUCCUCUCACGUGACCCUGAAGCUGUGGUGCAGACACCCGAGAGCCCCUUGGAAGGUGAGCUCUUCACACUCAACUUUACUUCUGCUAACGAGUCCUCGAGUAUGUCGAGGGAUGAUAGAAUAGCACUAUACACUGGCAUUGUGUCAUGUCUUGCACCAUCGCCAAGCACGGACGUCAUUGUAACCUCUCCCUCACGCACUGACACUCUGCCUCCAUACCUGCCCUUCCAACUGGCAGCAGGGACACGCGGGAAUCAUACAUUGUGUUACUGGAAAGGUGACAGUGUCAUUAUCUGGGGUUUUGACAUUGUUGUGAUUGGCGCGAAUCCCUCUGAUCACAGUACGUGGCCCGCCGCAGCGUCUCUGCGUGCAAAUCAGCUGAUUAGCUUAGUGUUCCAAGGUGCCGGACUUUUGGCAAAUCAGGGUGGCAAGAGCGAUGAAGUGAAGCUCAUAGCAUCGACGAGCCCACAGACAGAUGAGGCGUGCCAGGUGCAGGCGUCAGCGGCAGAUGUGAUGUACUACGCGUUGGUGGCCAACGGUACACACGCUGUACAGGUUGUGCGCUCUCCCCCAAGUGCAUCAGGUUCCUACUGGGUGUGCUACAAACUCAACGGUGGGCAGUACCACACAAUGCUGGGGGACGCCAUGGUGCUGGGCGCAGCAGACCCGUCUGCUGCGACAUCGUCCAAGGGGAACGUUCUGUGGGAUGGUGAGAUGACCACGUGGACCAUCGAGUCGUCAGCACCGCCUGUGGAGGGGGCCUUCGUCUUCUACAGUACAGUGUUAUGCAAUGACUUCCCGUACUACGAGGUGCCAAAUCCGUCGACGGAUACAUUUCCGAAUGGUGUCGCUUUAGUUCAAAAUGGUGUUGCAAAUCUGCGUUUAGGGCACCCAGCGAAUACGGAGACGGCACUCUCGUUGUGUUACUACGCGAACAGUGUGAUUACAAUCGUUGGAGCGUCUACAGUGGGGGUGAUAGCGGGAUCGCCUCCUCCGUUGGGCACUCCCCUCACCGCGACUGCGAUGCAAAUAUUCCAAUUCAAUCUCAGUGUCACACCAACGCCCGACGACUACGUGGUGCUCGUGGCGGAUCCAGACAAAUGUGUUGGCCAGAGUGCACCAAGUCCCACCGAUGACGCGUUUGUGGAUCUCCAAGCCACGCCAACAGAUGCCGUCGUAACGACGGCUGUGGCGCAGGCAGGAACGUUUUACAUCUGCUACUCCAACCGUGUGGGAAGUUGUGCGGUGGGGUCGUCGCGAGAGUGCGCUCGGACAGUUGACACCGUGGUGGUGUCACCACCAAACCCGAGCGGCUGGUCCAUGACGCCCGCGACUAUCUACACGACAGAUUUGAUGGAAUUGACACUGUUACGGCCAUCUGGCGCCGCAGAGCCAACAGAGGGAGAAAAUCUUUGGUUGGCGCCUGUUUCUGCCAGCACCGACACACCCACCAUGAGGGACUAUGCAUGGGCAUGCAUGCAGCCCAUGACCAGUGAUGGGCGCAUCGUACUUGAGCGCAACACAAGCCAGACUGAUGUGUGGACAGCACGGUUGAAUGUGACGGGGGUGUAUGCGCUCUGCUACGCCGCACAAGGGGAGACGAUGCCGACGAUUUUCCCACCCGCAUCUCGUGGGGGGCCGGUGGUACGCCUGACGGAGGUUAACUCCGCCACGUUUAGUGUCCCGCCAACAGUUGGUGUGGCCACCUCUGUUAUUUUACAUGGCCGUGGUCUGUCGCAAGAGGAUCAGCUCACGGCUGUUGGAGUUCCCAAUGCGGCAAAUAUUCCUGAAGACAUCUGCAACAACGCCGCCUACACUCCACAGGUGCCUUCAGAGAGCUCCAGUGAUGGAUAUGGCCUUAGCUCCAUGGUGCGGCGGCUUCAAUUCCUCGAGACGGGAAAAUAUGUACUGUGCUUCAAGGCCGCUGUCUCACCGGGGCCAAUGUUGCUCAUCACACCCAACUCCUUCGAUGUCAGUCCGACCGUGAUGAGUUUUAGAGUUGUCUCGGUAGCGCUGAUGAACACGCCGCUGCACAUAGAAUUCACCGGUGAAGGACUUCGUGAAACCGAUCUGGCUGCACUUGUUAACAUCGGAGAAGGAACCGGAGGAAAUGCCGACAUAUGCACAGGUGGAGUAUACUCGGCAAUGUCAGGAGCCAGCGAUGAUGGAAUUACCAGUCUCUACACAACGCUGCCAACAGAGUUGGGAACGCAUGCAGUAUGCUACAUGAAAGUGGAUGCAAUUCCGAUGAAGCUGGCGGGCAGCGUGGAGGUCAGUCUGCGCACCGCCACCACUGCAGUUUUCAGCGGGAUACCACAAUGCACAGCAUUAACGGCGUGUUCACCGCAGCCUGUUUUGACUCUCGUGGACGGAGAAGGACAGCCAACCUCGGAUGAGUUUGCUACCGUCGUGAUGCAUUUGAAGCGGACAGACGGUAGCAACGUGGACGAGCUCCUAUCUGGUGGCUCCAUUUACACACAUAAGAACUAUAGCAUCUUCUACUUCCUCACAGCUACGAUAUCGACGGCGGGAGAAUACAUCAUGGAGGCGAACUUCACUUUCCGUGGUGGGGUGACGUUUGUCGUGGAGUCACCCACCAUUACGGUGGCUGCUGCCAGCACGCCGCAGCCAGUGUCAAGAGUUUCGUGCCAACCAGUCGGUAUCAUUGAGCGCUCUCUGUUGGGAUCUGGUGCGAGCGAUACAAGUGUGAAUAUUACGUGCAUCAUCCAGGUCACAUCGCCCACGGCACCGACGGAGUACAACGUGCAGAUCAACGCUGGAACGAGCACACCGGUGGUGCCUGGUGGUACCAGUGGUGGUUUCCCAUUCUACACAUUCACUGUGGUUCCCCCGCACGACCAGCCGAUAAUUCAGUUCGUCUCCAUUGUGACGACCACGGCACCACCGUCUGAGAGCUGGCCGGUAGCAAACUCGCCUGUGAUUGUCCGCAUUGGCUCACAGCCCCAGCCGGGCAGCACGUUGAGCUGCGAGUCUACCUCGGCCGGUCUACCAUCGCCCACGAUGGUGCGGGUAGGCGCAAAUUUGACUUGCCACGCACAGGGAAAGCGUGUGAUCAACGGUGUCGAAUGGAGUAUCGUCGCCAUGCCAAAAUAUUUGCAGAUAUUCCGCGAAACAGACGAUGACAGUACUUCCAACACAGCAGUCCCAAUCGGUGACUACCCGGAGAGCCUAAACGGUGAAUACAUCUUCAACGUGGGGUCACCGGCGUUAUCACGCACUGUGUCCGUCCUCGGCUCCGUGCCAUCGGGUGAUGGCAGUAAUGUAUACGUCCCCAUGAGGGGAAGUCCUUCACGUUUCAUGGUAAUUGGUGAACCACAACCGGGUGACACCACCAUUUCGUGCGUUUCAGCGAAUUCCGCCUCGGUGCUGUGGUUUACACCCGUAGAGCCCUUCACAUGCACGCUGAGCCUCCACGCGGAGGGUCGGCCGGUGAAUGGUGUGUCAGGGGACUUCCACGUGACAAUGGAGGCGGGCGGAAGCACUCAGCCGAUGAGCAACAGCACGUGGGGAACGUCCCUCAUUAUUCGUGCUGCGGCACCUCCGAUCGCAGAUUCGAGUGUACCUGGGGCGUCCUCUGAUCAGGUCUUCGGCUUGCGCGUGACGUUUGUUCCGCUCCAACGAGACGUCGCCCACGCAACUGGAACGCUUGUCUACGUGACUUCCCUGAACAUGGGCGGGGGGAGCGGUAACCGUGUGUCAAUUGUGCUGACUGGCUCGGGGCUUAGCCUUGACCACAAGUAUGGUGUGCGCUCGUCACAGAACUGCACCGCCGGUGUUGAGAGCGAGGCAUCGGUAGCGCCUGUGAACGGAGCCCCCAGGAGCGUGCGUCUUGAAGUGGCGGCGCGGGAAGAUCCCUUUUAUCUGUGCUUCGCGCCGAGUGACCAACAGACACGGUGGCAGAUACUUACCAACGAUGUGCUGAACUACAAACCAAGCACUGGUGGUGUGGACAAGUGGACCGCCCUACUUAUCGUGGGCGUGAUAUUCCUCUUCAUCCUGCUCGUGCUGCUGAUCGUGCUGAUUUGGCGUGUGUGCAUGUACAAGCGCCGGUCAGCAGUGGCAGUGGUGGAUACGGCGGUGUACCUUCCACCUCGCGCAAACGACCGCUUUGUCCGACGCCCAGGCUCGUUUCAUCCGCCGCCGCCACCACCGCCGCCGCCGCCACCCGUUGUGUUGCCGCCCAAGUCUCUCAAUAGUCAGGUGCGCAUCAAUAUCAACGACCGCACUAUGUACGGUGCAGAUCUCGAUACGGGCAUGAAGGUGAAUGAGCAAAUGUAUACCGACGCGCCGGUCACCCUUGAGAAGACCGCAAACAUUGAUGAUGGCAAAGCGAAACUGUACGAGAACUUGAGUUCCGAUGGAAGCACACCAGAGGGAUCACGCGUCAUCCCGCCUGUACCGCCACCUAAGCCGCCCAGUGACGAUGGCCCUGUUUUAAUUGGUGCCGUAACGCACACGUCACAGGCGCAUGUGACGGCGAACAACACGGACGACCCACGCUCAGGGCCCUAUCAGCACCUGCAUCACAAAGAAAGACACCACCCGCUACAAGUGGACGCGCCACCACCCGUGCUUCAGCCCAAAGUAAAUAAAGCCUUAUCCCCUGCUUCUCCCGUUUUGGCUGCUGUUGAGGACGCCAGUCCACCGCAGUCGUGGGUGGGGCCUUUUCUAGUGAAGGGGCACACCUCAAGGCCGCUAGUAAACUCGGUACCCUCUACGUCCAGCACAAACAAAACCCAAGAAAAGAAAACAUUAUGA